AUGGCGUUGUUGUUUGUUUCGUUGGCGCUUCUUUUCGCAUCUUCCCAAGCUAAAUAUCUGCAUGAGCCGCUGACGAAGGAGGCCAUCGAUUACAUCAACUCCUUCACUUCGUGGAAGGCUGACCCAGAUUACGCCAGCUACGAUGUUGAGCAUUUCAAGGGCCUUUGCGGCGUUCCACUCGAUGAUAAAAUUCCCCCAAGACCUAAAAAGCUAGGGCUGUUAAAAGGUUAGUGUAUUUAAAAGUUUAGCAAGGGUUAAGUAAGCUUACAUUCUGCAUCUACUUUGAAGACCAGUUGAAAAAAAUUCGGCAUUUUCAGCGGCUCCGAUCAUAUCUGACACUGGAUCAUUUUUGUCGAGGAGGUUUUUUUUGUAUACCGGUUGUACAAAUUAUGUUCACUGUUUAUAGAAAUAUGGCAUGAAGGCCGCAACAAAAUAUUGACCGGGCGAAAGGUUAGCUAGCUGUAGGGAUUCAGGUGCAAGCGUUUGAUCUCCGAUGCAGGUCUUAGCUUGCAUGCAUGAUAAAAAUAAUUAUUUUCGCUUAGUCAUUGUCGACGUGGGUCACCAAAUCAGAAAUGAAGUCAUGUGAUUUUCUGACGAUUAAACAUCACGCGAUAAAUAUAAGACAAAUUUCCUUUCUUAAAAGGUCUGUACUGGCCUCGAUAAGGUUGUACAUACUCAGUGGGCUUUCUUAGAAUAUUGACUGAUACAUGAAUUUUAGUUCACCCAAACUGACCCCCUCUUAAAUUCACUGGGCAUUAUAAAUUAAAUGCAACGAUACAAAAGCACGAUAUAAUCUAACUUCUAAAAUAAUACACUCAUCUUUAAAUUCAAAAACGUCGGAAAGUGGUUGAUUUGCUUCAUGCCAUUGUCCCAACUUGUUUUAAUUCAAGAUAAUUUUUGGCUAAAAUCAGGCAAGGGUUUAGAAGUAGAGAAGCCUGUAUAACUACCAUUAGAGCUUGUUCUUAAGAAAGUCAGCCUUUCCCUGUCGCUUGUGUCUCCCGCUUCAUGCCCACCUCAUGCUUACCUUCCUGCACCCAAAAACCUGAAGUCUAUUCUGCAGGGUAUAAACACUGGGACUCAUCUGCGAGUAAACCCUUGAUCAAUUCACAUCACACUUGAAGAAAGUUACUUUUUAAGUCCUUAAGUCACGACCAUUUCCUUAAUUUUUAACAAAUGGUGAAAAAGAAAAUUCAGUGGCCUUGGGAAUUUGAGCACGACCUGGCAUGACUAAUUUUAGAGAUAAAACAACUUCUAGUUUCUCGCUAGUUUGAUCAAUAGCUGUCGUCAUAAAAUUAUACAUUUUUUCCAAGAAAAAAAUGUUCCUUUUUGGUGAAGGUAUACAACACAGUUCAUAAUGUUUCCACACACGUGCCGCUCAUUUAUGAGAUAAGAGAACUAAUGUAUAAUGUUGUGGUAAAGUGAGUUUGAACAUGGCAUGAAGUAGAUCGACCAUCUUCCACCAUUUUAGAAUUUAAAGGUGAGUUUUAUUAAUUUGGAAGUUAGAUUACCUCGUUUUAGUUUAAUUUAUAAUUUCCAGAGAAUUUAAGAGGGCGGUCAUUACAUUAGGUCCCUCUCCAGAGACAGUAGGUGCAAAACGUGCAUUUUGGCCUUGUUAAGUUAAAAUUCUGACAAGUGACAUGGCCUUGAAACAGUGACAUGUGAAAGACCAAAUGGCGACAGACAUAAAUUUAGAUGAGUUGAAACUGCUUCAGAAAAAGAACACUGCAAAUGCAGCAGUAUUAAAAUACUAAUAGAGAUGUAACUUCCUCAUAUAUUAGGUGAAACAAAAAAAUGUAGAAUUCAGACCACACAUCCCCACUCUCAAAGAGGUUAGGGCCUCCUUAAGGCACAAUUGCACUACAAAAAAAUGAGUCUGUACCGGUCAAAAACGGUGGUAUGGCACUUCUAACUUUUGUUAAGAAAUACUGAAGUUUUCACAAACCAUCAGAACCAUAGGACUGACCUCUUUUUUGACUGGUCCAAACCCAGUUUUUCUGACUUGGGAAAUGCUGGACCUCAGUUACACUGUUUGUUUUGAUGAAGUCUGAACUGUAGAAUAUACUUAAGACUUUUUGCUUUGUUUUAUUUAGAAAAGACAGAGUAUGAAUCUGUCAAGAUCCCAACUGAAUUUGAUUCCAGACAGCAGUGGUCAGAGUGCAAAUCCCUUAAUGAAAUUCGUGAUCAGGGUUCCUGUGGAAGCUGCUGGGUAAGUUAUUAUGUUUGCUGUAGUUGGCAACUGCAUUUUUAUAAAAGCCCCAGUAUCCACAUACAAAUUCUCCAUACCGAUCUCCUUACAUUUCCUUACAAAAUUAGUUGAGAGAAUUUGACAAAAGAUCAAAGCAUUUCCCUUUGAUGAUUAUUUUAUUGAUUCUUAUUACCUUUUCUGUUGUUUAUUUAUCGAUAUUGUGAGGAGAUUAUUGUUGUUGGUCACACUAGGGACUUAUUUAAGGGGUUAGGAAAGCCUCAUUAUUCUUUUAUACCAAUGAAACAUCAAGGGAGACUGCAAACCAUGGAAGAAGACUCCAACAAAUUGGUGGACUAACGUCGUGCAGUAAGAGAAAUUGAAGGGAGCCCAGUGCUCUAAAUCUAUGUAAUUCAGGGUACCCAGCAGCUGAUUUCUUGAAAAAGAAACUAAGAUGUUCUGGUCACCGGCAGGAACCAGGAAGUCCACCAGUUGCCAUGAGGACACUUGUCUGGAAUCAGUUUUAGGAACCAAAAUUGCAAUAAUGCAGACAAAGGAAUGUUGCAGAAAUUUGCCAGCUUAGCUCAAGAGAAUUUCCAGCUGAAAGAUUGUUAGUUAAUGAAAUAGGCACUCUGUAGACUGUGAAUGUCUCGUAUGCACAUGCAUGACAUUUGAUUUUUACUCAAAAUGUAAGCAAGUUAGGUUACUUGUCUUAUUUGUCAGUCUAAAAAGGUAAACACACAGGUCCUAGUACUAGCUUAUAUCAAUAUUACACAUUAUGCAUUACAUUUUACCAGGCAUUUGGAGCUGUAGAAGCAAUGACAGACAGGAUCUGCAUCGCAUCUGGUGGCAAACUGACACCCCAUAUUUCUGCUGAGGAUUUGCUUUCAUGCUGCUCUUCAUGUGGAAUGGGGUCAGUAAAUAGUAAAUAAUACAUACCUCCACUUAUGUACACCAGUCCCUCAAGCUAGAAUCUCCUUAACUAAGCCCUUUUUAAACAAGAGACCUUGCCGGGACAUUGUACAUCUUAAUCAUCAUCAAUUGUCAAAUGCAGAGCAGGCAACUGUAGAGCCUGUGUGCAGCGGCGAUGUUAGAGGAAUAAACAAUAAACAAGCUGGCUCUGUAUUGCGGGCCCCAGUGAAAAACGUUUUAGAAAAAUUAAUUCACUGUCCCCUUCCACAUGCAUAUUUUAAUACCUUGAAUUAGCUUCCCACAGUGGGCAAAAAUGUGGAUUGAAUCAAGUCAUGCAAUAUCCUGUUCUAUAGACAUUCAGAUAGUGGAGUGUGACAUGAAGUCAGACUAUGGGCAAGAAAAAAACCCCCUCACAGUUUUUCCGCUGCUCACAUCUCCUUGCUCAUCCUCUUAUUCUGAACACGUGGCGCCCAGGACAGGCUAGUCAGGAAAUGACAAUUAUUUUUUUAGAGCUUACAGUUAGGGGGUUUGUUGGUGCUGGCCAAGACAUAUACACAAAGAUUUGGAACAUUAAGUAAUAUUAAAAUAAGGAUAUUAUCAUAAAAAGGACUUCAUAAUUUGCAAAAAAUCAGUUGAAGGCAGAUUACAAAAAAAUAACGUUGUUUUCAGUCUAAGUGGCAGUAUUUUACUGAAGUCAUUAAUUAGUAUCCUUUCUUAUUUAACAGAUGUGAUGGUGGAUUUCCAGAGGCUGCUUGGUGAGUCAUAAUCAGGCCAUAAUGGAAAAUUUAACGAUCAUUGCCUCUCACACAAAAGGUUUAUUACAUUUUGAUGCAAACUUUCCCUUAAAACACACAUCAAUAUUAGCUAAGACGAAACCCUUAGAUCAGCUUAUAACACCAGUUUUUAAUUACAGAUGUAUGUAGCCAAGAUUAGGAAGCCUCAUAUAUAUAUAUAUAUAUAUAUAUAUAUAUAUAUAUAUAUAUAUAUAUAUAUAUAUAUAUAUAUAUAUAUAUUAAUGAACUUAAUGCCAUAUGAAUAAGAUGCAUCUUAUUUUUCCUUGUAUAAAAAAUGGGGAUGUUCAAAACAGCUUGUAAAUUAGGCUCUUUUCCUGUGAUGCCUUUAUUGAUGUCUCUAAAAUACAAACUGAAAAUACACUCAAGAUGUUUUCCCUUUUAUGUUUCAGUCAAUGCACAAACUCAAAUAGCUCAAAGCCCUACUGAGUAAAUUGCAUUUUCGGACGGCCAAUGAAGCUUUAAAAACAAAAGUGAACAAAGUGGAUCUGAAUCUACCAAUUUCAAGCCACAGAUAGUGCUUAGUUUUUAGAGACAUUGGGUCUGCGAAGGUGAUAAAUGGCAGCAAAGCACAGAACUGUUGAUAGAGAACAGUUUCCAUGUGACUGAAAGGAACAGUAAACAAAUUGAUGACAACUUCAAAUCUGUUUGUUGAGUUGAUUUGGAGGUUAAUUAAAUAUACCUGACUUAGGUCAUAAAAUGUGUUGGACAACCCUUGGGUUCCUUAUGCUUUUGUUUUAAGCUUCUUUUCUUUUUCCUCAGGAAUUAUUGGGUAAAAAGUGGUAUUGUUACAGGAGGCCAAUAUGAUUCACACAAAGGUUGUGAACCAUAUGAGGUCAAAGCUUGUGACCACCAUGUGAAAGGCCAUCUUAAACCAUGUGGUGGCAUCGUUCCUACCCCUCCGUGUACAAAAAAAUGUGAAGCAGGUAUGUAAAUGUAAAUGUAAAUGUAAAUAUCAUAUUAUCCACUCCCCUCAGGGCUUUUCAGGGAUAAUUUACAACACUGGUUGGGGGACUUUUCCAGACUGCUUAAGGUGCAGUUUACAAAAUUAGUAAUGAAGGAAUGAGUAAUAAUGCCCACAUACAUGAGUGUGAAAGUGAGAUAGACCACUACACCGGGCACUACGUGCCCUACUCUUUACAAAGAGUGUGCGGGUUCUUUAACAUCCCACAGAUUUAUUACAUGUGCAAGGGCUUAUCAGACGGGGCCUACAGUUUAUCAUCCUCAUCCGAGAAGACUAGAAAGUCAAACUCAACUAAUUAUAUGCUGGGAGGCCCCUCCCCGAGUUCCUAUCCCUUACCUUUUUAUGUACCAUUGGUACCCCUAUCAUGAUAUACCUUCCAUUGAUAAUAAUGGUACCCCUUUCACAUACUAGUUUAGAACACUGCAUCCCUUUUAACAGCUGUAAAUGCACAAUUUUUUUAAAAUAUACAAAUACAUCACUUAACCCUUAACACCCUAAGAUGAAAAUUUGAAUUAUCAUUGUUGCCCCUAUUCAUUUCCUACAGAAGUAGUGGGGAGAAGGUGAUAAAAUAUCAAGCAAAUUCAUCUUGUGUGACCAUGUCCAUAAUUCUCAUGACCACUCUGUUUUACAAAGCAUUGAUAUUACAAGGAGAAAUUUAAUGCUGAUCACUCUUAAGGCUUAAAGGGUUAACCUGAAGUUUUCUUGUCUUUUUUCACAAUUAUAAAAUGUGCCUGAUCCUCCUCCUAUAGGCCAUCAUAGGGAGUACCCCCAUACCCUCCCCCAUCCCCCCAUCCACCACUGAUUCUUUGCUUGCCUGUGCAAACCACUACACAGACCUUUUAGUGGCAAAUUGUUUGACUCACCCCCAUAUUGUUAGUUCUUGCGCUGACUAGUCGUGAAAUUUCUAUAUUUUGAACUUGUUCUAAUUGUCAUUUAAAUCAUUCAAGACAUGUUAGUCACUCAACAUGUUCAUGUGUUUUUUCUUUUGCCUUUUAGGAUACAAUGUUACCUACUCAAAUGACAAGAGAUACGGAGAAAGUGGUUACGCUGUUAGCUCUGAGGUUGAAAAGAUUCAAACAGAGAUCAUGACCUAUGGACCAGUGGAAGGUGCCUUCACUGUGUACGCUGACUUCCCAAGCUACAAGAGUGGUAAAUGAUGCAUUCUUGGUGGCCCCUCUUAUGUGUUUAUGUUAGGGAGCUUAACCAUCAGCGUUUUUGAGCUGACGGACGUCAACCGGAAGUGGACUUUUGGCAUCAUUUGGCAGUGGUUUGCAGCGUGCAAAGAAAGGAGUGUCUAAUAGCCUGGAACUAGUCGAUUUUGCUAUCGGGCUAGCUAGGGAAUUCUGUUUUUAACUUGCCCGACGGGCAAGUAAAUUAUGUUUUUUGAGGAAUUCGAAUAAUAGAAGAACUGUGACAUCAAUUCUGCUAGUCAAAAAGUUUUUGGGGCUAGUUGAAAUGACGUCUGGGCUAGUAAAUGGUAGCUUCAGCUUGCCUGAAUGGCAAGCUGUUAAAAUGAUUUUCUUUGCACCCUGGGUUUGGUUGAAACUCUUGGGUAAAUCGUCUUUUUAAGAGAAAAGAAACUAUUAGCAAUACAAAUUUGUUAUCGUUAUGACAUAUAAAAGGGAGAAGGCCUCACUUCCGAUUGACGUGCGUCGCUUAAAACGUCUUUGCUUAAGCUCCUAUUAGUAAAUGACAAGCCACCCAUUAGCUGGUAGGAAAAGGAUAGCCUGUGCCACAGACGAAACUAAACUCUGGUUAAGACCCCUGCAAAAAAGUGCCAAAGCCUUAACUGGGCUGCCACCUGUGCGCCAGGAUUUGAGUAUGCACCAUAGUUGGCCUGUUGAAAAAGCCAUGGUUCGUUUUACAAUCGGGUUAAAAUUUCGAAAUGCACUUCCAGUAAUUGUUGAGUCUGUAGCGAGCCUAGAACAGGGACUACCCAGGAUUAGACUACAUUUGCAAUGCAGGCUAGAGAAGAAAGGGCAAACAAAAAUGAAUCAUACAGUCAGAGUAUUCAUAAACUUUUGCUCUUGGGCAGGUAGAAAAUCUCAGAUUUUUCAUACAAAUCAUAUGCUAAGUUCAGAGCAUUGGGCUCCCUUCAAUUUUCCUUAUAGCACAACCUUGAUCUUUUAUCAAAUUCUCUCAACUUAGUGUCUAUGGGAAUGCCUAUAGGCCAGUUUAGAGAAUUUAUAACUGGAUAUUGGGUCUUGAAGAGGUUAACCCAGAUCACUCUCACAAAGGGUUUCUCCUUGAAUCCAAAGCAAACAGCAAAUACUACCGUAUAAAGAGUGUUUUGACAUGACGUCACAGCGACCAUAUUGGUGUCCCAAAACAAUGAAACGGCGGCCAUGUUGGUGUCCCAAAUCAGUCCUGUGGUAGUUGAACUCUUUUCUAAUACAAAUGCUUUCUUUUGCUCCAAUCAAUUUGCACAGAUGCUGGGCACAUGAGUGAAAACACUCUAUAAUAAUUAUUUAUAUUAUUUUAUAUACUGCAACCGUUUAUUCUGUUCUCACUUAGCUUUUCUAGGCCCUGAUGAAGACUAGUUUUGUCUAGUCGUAAUAUUGGGCAAAUAAAUUUGUAAAUUACCAACCCUUAGCAGUCCAAUUGAAGGCAAGGCUUGCCUUCAAUUUUAAGUAAUAAUUAUAAUAUUGCUUGUUAUAGAUGUUGAUUUCUUUUCAUUUUCUUUGAUUUUCUUUUCUUGUCAUUGUAGGUGUGUAUCGUCACACUAGUGGAGGUGCUCUUGGAGGACAUGCUAUUAAGAUCCUUGGCUGGGGAGUAGAGGGUGGCGAUCCAUAUUGGUAAGUGCAUAGACUGCAAUACAGUAGCCUGUGUACAGAACUUCCUCCCCUCCCCUCCCCUCAGGAAAAAUCAGAGAAGGGAGGGGAGGAGGGUCUGUACUACAAAACAGUUGCUGUCUCUGUUGGUGUUGUUGUUUGUUUGUUUGCGGGCAGAAAGCGCAUGGGCCUCAGUUGAGUGUCAAAGUGGGGCACAGUCUCACUCUCUGUUUUCGCCCUCACUCCAGGCAUUUUCUUUGACCACACGCGCGGGCGUUCUUAACUUAGGCUAAAAUACGGGCUGUUUUGCAGUGUGGCAAGUGUACAAACUUAACUUCUGCCCAGGGGCCUGUUUCUCAAAAGUCCCGGUAACGUUUUGGGUCCCCAAAGCUGUUUUGUGUGUGGAUUUACAUUCAAGGUCAAAGUUUUGAUUUUAAAAUGCCUUUGGGCCCGUAAAGUUUCCGUACCGUUUUGGGAAACAGAGCCCAGGGCCAUAAAAGGGCAGGGAGGAGGGGAGAGAGGGUAGGUAGAAGGAGGACAACAACAGGAAGUGGGGCAACAAUAGAUUAGAUAAAAAGGGCGGUCGCCAUCGCAGAAUUUUUAAAUUUCGGGAUGAUGUGCCGUUGAUCAGCGAAAAGUUUGAUUUUAGAUUUUACUUUUAAACAGCAGUUUAAGGCCUCACUAGAACAGUUUUUUAUUUUUAAUUGUGUUGCUGAAGAACAACAUGAACAGAGUAUCUGUGAGAAACUUUUGACAUGAUAUUUUUGGUAUUUGUUUAAGCUUGGUUAGGUAAACUUACCUGUUUCUUGUAGGCUGGUCGCAAAUUCCUGGAACACAGACUGGGGAGAUAAAGGUAAUAGUCGAGUUAAUGCACUAUAUAUAUUUGAAUCGAUUUGUCAAGUCAUGUUAAUAAAUUAUAUAGAUUUAACGAAAUGAAAUGAAGAGUCGUGGAUGAGAGGACAACAGACGUGCCCUCUUACAAUACAUUUAACAUGUGAACAGUAAGCUUGGACGUCAGCACUGGCGCCACUGGCAGCCGCUCUCAGCCCAUUUAUGAGCAUACUCUAACUGUACCCACCCAACCCAUGAUGUGAAUGAUGUGAUGAGUGAAGGUUGACCACAACACCGGGGUCUACGUCCCCUACUCUUUUCGAACAGUGGUGUGGGUUCUUUUACGUCCCACAAGAACCAGAUAAGUGUAAGUGCUGUGAGACGGGACCUACAGUUUUUCGUCCUUAUCCGAGAAGACUAGAAAGUCUAACCGUUUGCAGAUGUCAUUAGAAGGGCAGCACUUUCUUCUCAGUCAUUUAAAGACCCUGAAUGUUGGUCCGGCCGGGGUACGAACCCGUGACCUCCCGCUCAGCAGACCGGCGCUCUCCCAACUGAGCUAACCAGGCGGCCAGGGCUAAGCCCGGGGCUAGAAGCGAAGCUCUCGAUAAUAAUUAAAGUUUGUUCAAACAAAAUAUAAAUCGUGUAAUGCUAUAUUUAAAGCGGCGAAGGCAAAGAGAACGGUGAAGAAACAACAAUAGGUCUAAUUAGCAAAAAAAGCAACUUUGCACUUGCUGCACACUUUUUUUGUACAUUUUUUUUCCGUUGUUUUGCACGACUACAACGUGAAACUUCCAGAAACUUCUUAGUCACACGUUUUUUGGAGAAAAUGUCGUACGUGUUCUCGUUCACUUUUUUUUCACUGCUGCUCAUUUUUACCUUACAUUGGUGGCCGCUAGCAUUUUCUAUUUUGUCACCGUUGCUACAAAAUUUUCAUGUUGUUCUUCCAACAAAAAAUGUCUCCUUUUUUUUUCAUCUCUCGCUCUAGACCUCUGUCGCCCUUUUUCUCGUUGAGCUUCGCUGGCCUGCCGUCUACUUUCUCUGUCUUUCUCUUGCUCUAUAUUCCAAAUUUGUGGACAUGACAAUUAAAUCUAAGCUUAAUACUUUAGACAACACGGAUACAGAAACAAUUUCCACUUUCCGUUUUCGUCUUCAUUGACUCUUAAGAUGCGACACGUGUGGCUAUGCGAUUUCCCGCCAAAAUAACCUCGAGUUGCAUUUGGGUUGCCAUACCUGUUGAUUGAGUUAUUUUGCACUGGUAUGCCUGUGGUGCGGACGGACGGUCGCUCGCUCGGUGUAAGGUCACGUGAUUACCAAAUUUUCUGGGAUGGGUAGAUUUCCUUGCACAUGGUGCUUCGCUGGCGCGCCGCUAAUAAUUAUUAUUGUAGUGCAACCAGGGCAUUUUGAUGUGUAUCGCCUAUGGUAUCUUAAAAUAGAUUUUGAACUAGGAGGUACUUGUAUAUGCAAUCAAUUGCUGUAGGUGCAAAUCCACUGAAAACGGACGUUUAAAACUUUUAUUCAAAGAAACCAUUCAAUCUGUACAAAACAAGGAUGUUACACGUUGUCCAAAUCCAAACCAAAGGCAACGAAAGGCUUCAAAAACGUCGUUACUUCGGGUGAAAUCGCUCCACACUACGUCAAGUAACUUUGUACAAAAACAGCUUAUCACAUGAUAACCUAAAGGCAGGAAGAAGAAGCAGGGAACCCAGCCGCAACAAUAAGCGUCUAAAAAAUGGUACAUCUACAGAAGUGGCCCGCUUUGACUGAGAGUGUCACUUAGGACUAUCAGUCAAAGGACAACAUUUCAAUUAUAUAAGAAAAAAUAAGUAAUUUUUGUGAUGCAAUGACAUGAACUUUUUACCUCAAUAACAAGCAACUUUUUCUUAAGAUUUUUUUUUUUUAACAAAGUAGCUUUUAAUUUACCCAAACUUUUCUUAUCCUGCAUAACAAGCGUUGUCUUUUUCUGGAAGGCAAGAGCAAAGCGAGCGAGGAGCGCAAGACACGCGCGAAUUUUUCUGCUUCUUUUCUCGUCGCGCGUGUCUGGCGCUCCUUGCUUGCUGCACGCUUGCCUAAACUCUCCGAAAAAAAACGCGAAAAUGCAAGCUUAACCUCCCUUUUUUUUUCAUUGUAAGGUUACUUCAAGAUUCUCCGUGGGAAAGAUGAGUGCGGCAUUGAAUCAGGCGUUGUAGCUGGCAAAGCUAAAGUGCAAGAAGAACCAUCAAAGCUCGUCUCUUUUUAA